AUGAGGGACACGGCGGACCACCGCCGGGCAGGCGAACAUCAGUGGCCCCCAUUCUCUGCCUCCCUUGGCGCCGAGCCUGGCCCCAUCGUCCUUCAUGGCUAUGAGACUAUUUCUAGUGGCAGUCCAGGCUCCUUGAAGCAGCGCUGCCAGCUCACUCAUGACUGUGUAAUUUGCACAAUCCCAGGAAGGAAGUAUUACUGUGUCCAUGAAUCGGAUGAGGAAACCGAGGCACCGCGAGGAGCAGAAGGAGGCCUGCCUGGUGCGGGGGUGGAGGGGGAAGGGGACCCCGGGGUCCAGGCCUUCUGCUUUGCCCGCCUCCCAGGUACCCAUGAGCGGGCGGACUCCCCGGGGCCCUGCCAGGGCACACCGGGCCACUCCCUCCCGCGGAAGUGGAUCCAUGGCAGGACUGCCUGGCCUCUGGCACCUGUGCCAGCAGGUAAACAGUGGGCGAGGCCCUUCCUUCUAGGAACAGACUGCCUGGAGAUUUCCUUCAAGGAAGCGGGCAAAGCCUGCCUGUCACGGCCACCCCCAGGCUGGACCAAGGACUCUGUCACGGAGCCACCCUGUGCCGGGACCAAACCGGCGGAGACUGACCACCCUGGCUUUUCGAGGGACCCAUCCCUUGAUCAGGAGGACGAAGCCCAGGAGGACACCUGCGUGGCUCUUGGUCGAGCGCUUCCUUCUAUCCAACUGGACUCUAAGAGCCAGAGAAGGACCCGUCCCCGCUCACGUGCACGGCAGCAGCGCACGAGCCCGGGCCCGCCAGCCGCCCAUCCUCGCGGCGGUGGAUUAUCCAACCUCGUGAGGGAAUGAGAUUCGGAUACAGGGCAACAGGACGAACCUGGACAACCUCGUGCAGGACAGCCAGUCACAGCAAGUCACGUGUUGCCUGACUCCACCUCCGGGAGGGAUGGGCAGACCCUCAGAGAUGAGGGGGGGGAGGGGGGCGGGGGAGCAAGGCGCCGGGUCCAGGGUUCCCUUCCCUCUGGGGGAUAAAAACAUCCCCGGACUAGACAGAGGUGGUGGCUGCACGACACUGCAAAGAGACCUCCAGGCCCUGAACUGAUCACGUUAAAAUGAUUAUUUUUAGGAGAUCCUGCUGGUGCAGUGGGAUGGGUGGUAUCUUGUGAGCCACUGGGAUGCGGGUUUGAUCCCUGGUCUGGCACAGUGGGUUAGGGAUCUGGCAUUGAGGUGAGCUGUGGUGUAGGUCGCAGCUGUGGCUCAG